AACUAACAUAAUGUUGUAGGGUUGUUUCCAAUAAAACUGGGGUCACAGCAUUAGAAUGGGACCUGCCAGGUGACAAGCUGCUGGUGGCUGAUACAGCAGGAAAUGUGCAGUUGUGGAGUUUCAAGGACCAUAUUCUAAAUGACUGGGUGUGCCUCGGAACAGCCUCCUUUCCUGGUGAACAUAUCCUUGGUGCCGCAUUUUUCCACAAUGGAAAAAAGAUAAGUCUAGUAUCUGAGAAGAAGGAUAAUGUGUACUAUAAUGAGAAGUUCACCCACCUACGCUUCCCACCUUCCGUACGCUACUUUGGUGGACGACCAAUGGAAGGCUGCCUUGUGAUCAGCACCACAGGAAUGGUGGGCGUGGUGAUAGCAUCACGAGAAGGCCAUCAGGGAUCACCUCAGCUUAUUAUAACAAGUGACAGUCUUGGAUCCACAAGGCACCGGAUCACUGCCGUCGACAUUUGUUACGGAAAAAAUGGACACUUCUUGGUGGCAGUAAGCAGUGGUAGUGUGAGUCUGCCGAUCCAGUGUUUCCGAGUGUCGGUGAAGCAGGGUGACGAGAAGUGUGUCAUCAUGUCUCAAGCUUUGCCAAGUUUCUUCCUUCAGUCCAGUCCCAUCAAGGAAAACCAGUAUCGCCACGUGUCGCAGCUCAAGUUCGUAGUCCGAGAAGAUGCAGAUUCAUUGGUUGUGGCCGCCAACGGCGACAGCGGCUGCCUCAUUGAAAUCUGGGAGCUGCGAGAGAAACCUCUGCCUAUACAUAAACUGUUUCAACCCAAAUCUCAUUCUUCGCAAACAGAACCAUUCAAAACUGUACUGUGGCAGCAUCAGUCUCACUUCAUGUCCUCGUCUCCAGUCGUAUGUAUCACGACGUCCAAAUUGUCAAUUACCACGACGAUGCCUCCUCCAUGUUAUGUGAUGGUAGCGCUGGCAGAUGGCUCAAUUCACUGUUUAUACAGGGAUUCACUGAAACAGGUUGCCACAGCAUCGCUGAAUCAAGCGUGGCGACAGGAAGAAGCUCCUAGCUCGAAGCAGCAAAGGCUUGGCUUGCGGAUAUCGCACCUCGACAUGAGCUGGUUGGGCUGUGUGCUCGUGGCUACAGACACGCAAGGGCAGCUUUACCUAUAUCGUCUGCUACCAAUCUCAGAGCCAGGAGGCCCCAUGACAGUGCCAUAUGCUUGCACACUCCUGGAAUACUGCCUAGUGACAGGAUUAGACUGGUGGGACCUGCUCGUGUCGUUACGUCCUUCCAUGAUGGACACGGUGUGUGAACGUUUCACAGAGAGUUUCAACCGGCAGUUGCAGCAAGUACAGCAGUUUCACUACGUCCAAUUCCUCAACAUCAAGACUUCACUCUACAGGUUGACUGUGAAUGGACAGUCUAAGGCAGCAGAUCUGACCUCGCUCCUCAUGUUGCAUUCUGUAGCAACAGCAUUUAAGUCUCUGCUGCGACCCUCGGACCUCUCCAGUCAUGACAAGGGACCUGCCGAAAGCCUGGCAACGGUGAUGAUGGACUCUCUCACAGACGUGGACAAGGUGCUGUUCCACCUGGAGGCAAAGGAGUUCACUGUGGAGCCAAGCACCCUCCAGUCACUACAGCAGCUCAUUCAGUGGGUGGCAGACCUGGCUCUCAACUUGUUGGCAAGACUGCCAGAGCAGCGCCAGCCUGGCAAGAGCUCUGGGUACGAGUUGCUGCGUGACUACAAAGCCCUCAAUACACUCCGAGAGUUGCUCGUCAUCAUUCGAAUUUGGGGCCUGCUGCGUCAGAGCUGUCUGCCCGUGUUUGUUCGCAGUGCUGAGAAUCUGGAUGUGUUGGCACUACUGUUCAGACUUAUUUCACGCCUCAUACAGACCUUGGAAGCUGAUGAAAAUCUCUUAGACGAAUGCUGUCUGCUUCCGAGUCAGGUGAUGAUACCGCAGCUGAACCCACCCACCAAGAUCGUUGCAGUGGCCUCUCCUGCGCUCUUUUAUCAGUCUCUGCCGAUACAGCUGGAGUUUGGGGUCGAGCCCGAGUGCCUGCACUUUGUACCAGAGCUCAGUCCAGUGGAGGGUUCUAUGCAGACGGAGCAGACGGUCGACAGCAUCCGUCACAUCUACUUGGGAAAACAACCCCUCGUGGUGAAACAGUGCUGCAGGUGUGGGUGUAAGGCUCAGGUGCAGAGCAUGACGCGCACAGCCGCGAUACGAGCGUGGGACCAACGAUGGGCGCGCGCCUGCAGGUGCGGCGGUCACUGGAGGAUACACAGGUUUCUUUAGCGGCCCAUCAGAAUGAAUCAGUAUCAUUCCUGCGAUUUAUAUGACUUCGGAGUUGGAUUUUGAAUCGCUUAAAGUCUGUGUCGCCAGUUACCAUGAAAACCACGUGCUGUAUCCAUAAAAUUUGUAAUAAAUGUUGUGUACGUACGUGUUUUUGUGUUUGGUAGA